AUGGAAACUAUUCCACCAUCAAAAAAUAAUAAUAAUAAAUCAAAUUUAGAUAAACCAAUUUUUAUAAAAACUUUACCUCAUGAAAAUAAACCAAUAUUAAGACCAAAUAAAAUUAUUGGUAAUAAAUUUAUACCAUCAGAAGAUUCAAUAUUUUUUUCAGAACCAAAUGGAAAAGGAAAAUUAAAAGUUAGAUUAAUCUCUGCCCAAAAUUUAAUGAUUGAAGAUGUUUGUACAAAUUCAUCAGAUCCAUAUAUAAAAUUAAAAUCAAGUAAUGAAUCAUUUCAAGCUACAAAAGUAAUUGAUAGAAAUUUAAAUCCAAUAUGGGAUGAAACUGUUUUUAUCGAUAUUGAAAAUGUAAAUAAUGAAAUACUGAUAUUCGAUGUAUUUGAUCAUGAUUUAGUUGGUAGUGAUGAUUUAUUAGGAUUUGUUGGUAUUGAUUUAUCAUUAUUACCAUAUGGUGUUGAAAUUGAAACAAUUGAAAAUUUAUCAUAUGCUAAACAUGGAACUAUUAAAAUCGCUUUAACUGCAAUUGAUUUUGGUUUAACAAAUUUACCAUCAUCCUAUAAAAAAGAUUAUUCAAAUUGGAGAAUUAAUUUAAAAACUUUACAAAAGAAUGAUUUAACUCAAAAAAUGAAAGAAGGUCCAUACAAUGGUAAAAUUAUACAUCAAGAUUUUAAAAUUUGUAAUGGUCAUUUAAAAAGAAAAGAAACAAAAGGUGAUGUUGCUUUAAAAAUUGUUAGUUAUCCUGUAUUAUUACCAUUAAUUGCUUUUAGUGAUAUUAAAUAA